GGGCCUGGGGGGCCGUGUGGGGAGGGAGCCACUGGAGGCCCCGGGCGCAGACAUGGACUCUGUGACCUUUGAAGAUGUGGCUAUAAGCUUCACUGUGGAGGAAUGGGCUUUACUAGAUCCUUCCCAAAAGAAGCUGCACAGAGAUGUGAUGGAGGAAACCUUCAGGAACCUGGCUGCCAUAGGAAGAACACAAGAUGACCAGCACAUAGACAAUGACCACAGAUAUUCUAGAAGAAAUCAAAGAAAUGAAGUUGUAGAAAGACUAUUGGAACGUAACAAAAGUAGUGAAUGUAAAGAAAUCUUCAGACAGAUUCCAAACACCAUUGUGAACAGGAAAGUGUCUCAUAGAACAAUGAUUUGUGAAAGCCAUGUGUAUGAAGACAACAUGUUCAUCGGUCAUUCAUCUAUUAAUGUGUCUGUGCCUCUCCAGACUAUACAAAAACCUCAUCAAUAUGAGCUAUGUGGAGCGAGCCUCUGUAAGGUUGGGGAAUGUGAGAAAGCCUUCAUUUAUCCAGAAUGCUUUCUGAAGCGUGAAGACACUGACACUGAACAGAAAUUCAGUGAAUUUAACCAGUGUGACAAAAUCUUCAAAAGUAAUGAUUACAUUCAAAUACGUGUGAAUAAGGAAACUAGAGAAGAAAUAUGUAUGGAUAAGCAGCAUUAUGAUGCCUUUACUUAUACUGAUUUUCUUCAGUAUGUUGAAAAGAUCCACACUGGAAAGAAACCCUAUGUAUGUAAACAAUGUGGGAAAACCUUUUCCUUUUUGAGUAACAUUAGAAGACAUGAACGAACUCACACUGGAGAGAAACCCUACAAAUGUAAUAUAUGUGACAAAACUUUCACUUGUUUGACUAACUUUCAAGAACAUGAAAGAACUCACACUGGAGAGAAACCCUAUUUAUGUACACAAUGUGGGAAAUCCUUUUCUUUUCUGAGUAACAUUCGAAGACAUGAACGUACUCAUACUGGAGAGAAACCAUACAGAUGUAAUAUAUGUGGUAAGGCUUUCAGUUAUUUGACCAACUUUCAAGACCAUGAAAGAACUCACACUGGAGAGAAACCUUAUGUGUGUACACAAUGUGGGAAGGCUUUCACUUACUACUAUUCCUUUCAAACACAUAAACGAUGCCACACUGGAGAGAAACCCUAUGUCUGUAAGCAGUGUGGGAAAGCCUUCAGUUAUUACAAUUCCAUUCAGACACAUAAACGAUGUCACACUGGAGAAAAGCCCUAUGUAUGUAAGCUGUGUGAUAAAGCCUUUACUACUCUCAGUUCUCUUCGCUAUCAUGAGAGGAUUCACAGUGGAGAGAAACCCCAUGUAUGUUUGCAGUGUGGAAAAGGUUUCAAUUCUUCCAGUACCCUUCGAAUACAUGAAAGAACUCACACUGGAGAGAAACCCUAUAAAUGUAGGCAAUGUGGGAAAGUCUUUAGUGUUGACAGUUCCCUUCGAUACCAUGAAAGGAUUCACAGUGGGGAGAAACCCUAUGUGUGUCAGCAGUGUGGGAAGGCCUUCACUCGCCACACCUCCCUUCGAUGCCAUGAAAGGAUUCACUGUGGGGAGAAACCGUAUGUUUGUAAGCAAUGUGGCAAAGGUUUUAUUUCUUGCAGUAACUUCCGAAAGCAUGAAUCAACUCAUUCUGGAGAGAAACUCUGUGUAUGUAAACUAUGUGGUAAAGCCUUUACUGAUCAAAGUUCGCUCCGACGACAUGAAAGGAUUCACAGUGGAGAGAAACCCUAUGUGUGUAAGCAUUGUGGAAAAGGUUUCUCUUCCUUAAGUGGUUGUCAGAGACAUGAACAAAUUCACACUGGUGAGAAGCCUUAUAUUUGCAAGCAAUGUGGGAAAGCCUUUACUCGUUCCAGUUCCCUUAAAAUACAUGAGAAGACUCACACUAGAAGGAAUUCCUCAGUGUAGAACAUGAAAAAGUAUUCUUAACAUGGCAAUACAUAGAGCAGAGAACCAGUGUCAUGUUGUCUGUAGGAAUGCCUUUAGUCAUCUUGGUUGUAUGCACAGACAUGCUGUUGCAUACCGUAGUGAGUAAUCUUAAAUGAAUGUGCAGAUGUCUUCAGUUGGCCGACCUCUGAGAAUGUACUCAGUAUCAAAACUUGUAUAACAAAGUUAUCAGCUAUAAAACAGUUUUCAAGGUUUUGUGAAAAUUCCUUAUUUAAGAGAAUUCAUAAUUUUUUAAAGAUUCCUGUGAAUGAGUUUAAGAAAGAACAUUUCGUUAAUUGGUCAAUAAUUCAGAAGAUAGUCUCUGAGAUGUUUACUUCUAAUUUUUACUCUUGUAAAUAAAUUUUCAGAUGACUUGA